AGAGGAAACAAUGAGCUCAACACAGAAGGACCAACAUGGAGCGAGAAGUCAGCGCUCUCAGGAGGCUGACAAACCUCACAGAAGAAAGAGAGAGAAAACAUACACCUGUGACGAGUGUGGGAACGAUUUUGCUUGGAAGGAAUCCCUAAAACAACACCAACUCAUCCACAGUGGAGUUAAACCGUACAGCUGUGAUCAGUGUGGCAGAGCUUUUACUCAAAGAAGCAAGUUACAGAGGCAUCUAGUUACCCACUCUGGAAUUAAGGCAUACACCUGUGACGAGUGUGGGAAGGAUUUUACUGCGAAUUAUGAACUAAAACAUCAUCAGGUCAUCCACACUGGAGAGAGACCGUUCAGCUGUGACUUGUGUGGAAAGUCUUUUUCCAGGAAGCGUAACCUAAAACAACACCAACUCAUCCACAGUGGAGUUAAAGUGUACAGCUGUGAUCAGUGUGACAGAGCUUUUACUCACAGUGGCAGCUUACAGAAGCAUCUAGUUACCCACUCUGGAAUUAAGGCAUACAGCUGUGACAUCUGUGGAAAAACUUUCAGCCAGAGAGGGCACCGAAAUACACACCUACGCAUUCACACCAGACAUGAUGUGUACUGCUGUGAACAGUGUGCCAAAUACUUUGCUACAGACGCACAGUUACAACAACACAUGUUUACCCACACUGAGGAGAGACCUUAUAAAUGUGACCUGUGUGAGAAGACUUUUAAAUCUCCACAUCACCUGAGAGAACACCAACAGAUCCACACCAGAAAGAGACUCUACAAGUGCAGUUACUGUGAGAAGCAGAGCGACACAGAUGGAUCCAGUUCUCAACCCUGUCAUCACUGUGAUGGUGGGAAAGACUUUCGUUGUGACCUCUGUGGAAAAACUUUCAGUCAGCAAAAGAACCUAAAAAUACAUCAACGUAAACACACUGGAGACAAACUGAAAUACUGCAAAGAAUGUGGGAGAAGCUUCACCACAUCAAGUUACUUAAAACAACAUGAACUGAUUCACAGUGGGGUUAAAAAGCACCUCUGUGAUCAGCGUGGGUCAUCCUUCACCACUGUAAGUGAGCUUAAAAGACACAAACGAGUCCACACAGGAGAGAAACCAUACAAGUGCAGACACUGUGAGAGAAGCUUCUCACAUUCAACUACUUGUAACAGGCAUGAACGUGCACACAUGGAAGGAAACUACAGCUGUGACCAGUGUGACAAGAGCUUCAGGAAUCUCAGUUCAUACUCUGAACACAAAACGAUCCCAUCGUUACUAAUAAACUUCAUCGCCAACAUGGCGAAGAUGUGA